AUUAUAGGGUUUACAUAACAGCUUUAAGUCAAACUACCCUGACCAAGAUAUGUGUUAAAGAUUAAUUUCCCGAGUUUAUGGAAUAAAUCGUCCAUAUUUGAUGUUUGCUAAAGUUAGCCGGUUAGCUGUCCGAUAAAGGAAGCAUGUCGGUUUAAAGUUUUGAAGGAGCUCCGGGAGCCGAGAGGCGCCGAGAGUGAGCCCACCUUCCAUGGAGACUGACAGGCACCCGGCCGCCGCGGGCUGACUUACCGGAGGGUCGGACCGAUGCAGUUGGUGUCCGUGCUCUCGAUUUCCCGCAGAAUGCGUUCGUGUUCUGCUGCUGUUUCCACGCUCGCCAUCCUGCAUGUUGCUGUGGACGGUUCCAAGCUGUGCCGAGAGGACAGACAGACAGCGGACAGGUUGGGAGGAGGAAACACACGCUUUGCCUCUCCUCCUGUCUACCUGCCUGACGGGGAAGGAAGCGCACAAGUUCAGUAAACAUGGAGGUUAUAUUGGUGCUGGGAUGCUGUCUGCAGCCGUAGCAGGAGGAGUGUUCGCCUCUCCGCCUCCCGCCAGCAUCCUGGCUGCUAUUCUCUCCUUACACCAAGCAGGAGCUUCAGGGGUUCUUCUCAUUGUGAAGAACUACACUGGUGACCGGCUGAACUUCGGCCUGGCUGCAGAGCAGGCCCGUAACCAGGGCGUCGACGUGGACAUGCUGAUCGUGGCCGAGGACUGUGCCUUCGACAAACCCAGUAAGGCUGGCAGGAGAGGCCUGUGUGGCACUGUCUUCAUCCACAAGCUUGCCGGGGCUUUGGCAGAAGAGGGCUGUUCUUUGAGCCAGAUAGUUACCAAGAUGAAAGAGGUUUUGAAAGGGGUUGGCACGCUGGGAGUCAGCCUGUCUCCAUGCAGCGUCCCCGGGUGCCUUCCUUCUUUCGACCUGCCACCAGGAGCCAUGGAGCUGGGACUGGGAAUUCACGGAGAACCUGGGAUUAAGAGAUCAAAGGUGGCGUCUGCAGAUGAGGUGGUGAAGACCAUGAUGGAUCACAUGACCAACCCAGACAGCCAAUCCCAUCUGCCUCUGAAAUCAGGUGACACUGUUGUUUUGUGUGUGAAUAACCUGGGAGCUCUGUCCUGCCUGGAGAUGGCAGUAGUUACACAAGCUGCCGUUACCUGCCUGGAGAGCCGUGGGGUGGUGGUUGCCAGGGUGAUGUCUGGGUCGUUCAUGACAUCACUGGAGAUGGCGGGAGUGUCGCUGACCCUGAUGAGAGCCGACCCUGAAAUACUCAGACUGUUCGAUGCUAAGACCAGCGCCCCCGCGUGGCCGAACCUCAGCACUGCAAGUGUGAGUGGACGCAACUACACCACAGAAGCUCCUGUUAUGAGCACCCGGCCACAGGAUGACAAACACUCACAAGGGCCCCUGAGUCCUGUGAUGCGCAAAGUUUUGGACAAGAUUUGUUCCACAUUAGUGGAAAAACAGGAGGAACUCAACUCUCUGGAUCGGGCUUCUGGGGAUGGAGACUGUGGUAACACACAUGCUCAGGCUGCCAGAGCUAUUCAAGAGUGGCUCCAGGACCAUGUGGUUCCCGGUUGCCCAGGGCGACUGCUUUCAGUCCUUGCUGGAUUAGUGGAGGAGAAGAUGGGCGGAUCCUCUGGAGCGCUUUACAGUCUGUUCCUCACCACGGCUGCUGGUCAUGUGACUGAGGGGCGGAGCAAUGGUGCUGCCUGGGCCACUGCAGUGCAUGCUGGGACACAAGCCAUGAGAAGGUACGGAGGUGCCGACCCUGGAGAUAGAACAAUGCUGGAUGCUUUGUGUCCUGCUGCUGAGGAGCUCAUGAAGCUGAGCACAGCACCACCUGCUGGACAGACGGCUAUCCUACAUGCUGCUGUUCAGAAAGCAGCUGCGGGUGCGGAGGCAACCCGUGACCUCACAGCCAGGGCCGGGCGGGCCAGCUACAUCGCUGCAGAACGAGUCACGCUGGCCGACCCCGGCGCCGUGGCUGUAGCCGCCAUACUGAGAGCCAUAGAAGAGACACUGAAGGAAGAGAAGUGAGGAAAAAAAACUGGGAUAUCGCUUGAUUUAUUGGACCAUUUUAACAAAAUAAAAACU